CAGAAAACAAACUCAAUCAAUGGUCUCAGUCUUAGGAGUUUAACCAAUCUCAAUCUCAUGCCUCUUGAUGAAACCAAAUCCGUUCAUAUGUCAGACAGAUCAAUGUGUGUUUCAGAGUUUAACAGCAACACGACGGCCUUCACACAGAUUUUCUUAAUCUCAACCAUUGGCUUGCUAUUAGCCGUCUCACUGCUUUACCGUCUAAGGAAGCUACGUUACUCCAAGAUCAUCCCUCGUCUCAGAGUGUCUCACAAACACAAAGGCCAUGAGAAGCUCGAGAGAUUCUCUCACUACGUUGUGAGGCAGAUGGGAUUCAAGGACAGGAGAGAAUGUCCUCAUCUCUGCAAAUUAGCUAGUGAGUACAUAAGAAAAUCAGGUUGCUGCGAGGAAGACAUCUACAGCUUCUUCUCUGAAGAGCCUGAUGCUGAUUCUCUCUUCAUUAAACUCGUUGAGGAGUUUGAGAGAUGUAUUCUCAGUUACUUUGCUUACCACUGGAGCCAUGCCGAUCUCAUGAUCAGUCAGAUACUUAGCGCCGAUGCUGAGCCUAAGAAGAAGCUCAAGCACAUUGUCAUGGCAGCAACGAGGGAACAGAGGUUUGAGAGGGUGACUAAGAAUCUAAAAGUAGCAAGAGUGUUUAACACAUUGGUAGAGGAAAUGAAAGCAAUGGGGAUUGCACCUGUUGACGACUCGGAAUGUACAGAAGUGAUGGCUCCAGUUGCACACAAAGACAGAAGCCCGGUUCUACUCCUCAUGGGAGGUGGUAUGGGCGCAGGAAAGAGCACUGUUCUUAAAGAGAUUCUCAAAGAACCAUUUUGGGCAGGAGCAGAUGCUGUGGUUAUCGAAGCCGAUGCUUUCAAAGAAUCUGAUGUGAUAUAUAGAGCUCUAAGCUCCAGAGGCCAUGUUGAUAUGGUCAAGACUGCUGAAUUUGUUCACCAAUCAUCAACAGAUGCAGCAUCGUCGCUGCUAGUUACAGCUCUCAAUGAAGGGAGAGACGUGAUAAUGGAUGGAACACUCUCUUGGGUACCAUUUGUAGUCCAAACCAUAACCAUGGCGAGGAAUGUGCAUCGCCAUCGCUACAGAAUGGGAGCAGGCUACAAGGUUGGUGAAAACGGAGAUGUUAUAGAGAACUAUUGGGAGCGCAUAGGGGAAAGACAACAGCUGCAAGAAGAUGGAAGGGAGAGAAAGCCAUACAGGAUAGAGUUAGUUGGAAUUGUAUGUGAUGCCUAUUUAGCUGUGAUCCGAGGCAUUAGGAGAGCAAUAAUGUGUAGAAGAGCGGUGAGGGUGAGAUCUCAGCUGAGAUCUCACAAGAGGUUUGCGGAUGCGUUUCUUACUUAUUGCAACAUAGUUGACAAUGCAAGGCUUUACUGCACCAAUGCUCUUGAAGGAUCUCCAAAGCUGAUAGGAUGGAAAGAAAAGGAAAAGACAUUGCUAGUGGAUCCAGAGGAGAUAGACUGUUUGAAGAAUGUAGGGAGGUUGAACGAGGAUGCGGAAUCUAUUUAUGAGCUGUACAGUAGACCAAACCCUGCUUGUGAAGCUGGAUCGAUAUGGAAAGACAUUGUUCUUUCUCCUUCCAGGUUCAAUGUUCAACAGGAGCUCAAAUACUCAAUUCAGAAAGUGGAAAGAUUCAAACAAUAUCUCCAAGAAUCACCAAGAUGAGGAGGAAGAUAGAGAAGUUCAGCAGUUUUUCUUAGCUUUGUUUCCUGGUAUGUCACAAAAUUUGGUUUAAUGUAACACUCCUAAAACGAUCAAACACAAGUAAUUCUCUCUAAGCAAAGAAAGAAUGGGCAUUGCUUAACUUGCUAUCUACUUAUGUAAGAAAACUUAAUAGCAGAAACCAAACAGAAUUGCACAAACAAUACCAAAUGCAAGAGAUGUGUUGUAGGUAGCAAAUGCAUCAAAUGAUUCAGACAUAACCUAAGAAUCUCAACUUAACGUUGCUAAGAGAGAGAGACCAGUUCCUUCAAAGCACAGUUAUAUGUUAUAUGCAUCUCUCUCAGGAGCAAUAAAACAAGAAAGAAACUGAAUCUACUCGAACACAUUGAUUCAAUGCAAAAACACAUCUUUGCAAACCCCAUCACAUAUAGCUAUUGAAUUUUCAAACAAACCAAAAAUUACAAGAUAAAAGGGUUUCGAGAAGAAACCAAGA